GUACUGUUACAAGCACAGCUAGGGAAAGACUCUGUCCUCUCUAAGUCACAGCUAUUUUUUCCCGCCACUCGCCAGGCAUACUCUCUCUCUCUCUCUGCUGCAACCUCCGAGCUUGAGGAUGUUGUGGGUGGACAAAUACCGACCCAAAACCCUCGACAAGGUCAUCGUGCAUGAAGACGUCGCCCAGAAUCUCAAGAAGUUGGUCACAGAGCAAGAUUGUCCACAUUUGCUGUUCUAUGGCCCGUCUGGUUCCGGCAAGAAAACCCUAAUCACGGCUCUUCUCCGACAGAUCUUCGGACCUGGUGCCGAGAAGGUGAAAAUAGAGAAUAAGACAUGGAAAAUUGAGGCUGGAACCAGAAAUAUUGAUCUUGAGCUUACAACAUUAUCAAGUAGCCAUCACGUAGAAUUGAACCCCAGUGAUGCAGGCUUUCAAGACAGAUACAUUGUUCAGGAGAUAAUCAAGGAAAUGGCCAGGAAUAGACCAAUUGACACGAAAGGAAAAAAAGGAUUUAAAGUAUUAGUGCUGAAUGAGGUUGACAAGCUUUCAAGAGAAGCCCAACAUUCUCUUCGAAGAACGAUGGAGAAAUACAGUGCAUCAUGCCGGCUGAUAUUAUGCUGCAACAGUUCCUCAAAAGUUACUGAAGCCAUCCGGUCUCGCUGUCUAAAUGUGCGAAUAAAUGCACCGACAGAAGAGCAGAUUGUCAAAGUAUUGGAGUUCAUUGGGAAAAAGGAAGGUCUGCAGCUCCCAGCUGGAUUUGCUGACCGUAUAGCUGAAAAAUCAAAUCGGAGUUUAAGAAGGGCUAUACUGUCAUUUGAGACAUGCCGUGUUCAACAGUAUCCUUUUACAAACAAUCAAACAAUACCCCCAAUGGAUUGGGAGGAGUACAUUUCUGAAAUAGCUUCUGACAUACUGAAGGAGCAGAGUCCUAAAAGGCUAUUCCAGGUUCGAGGGAAGUUGUAUGAGCUACUCAUCAAUUGUAUUCCUCCAGAGAUUAUUUUAAAGAGGCUGCUUUUUGAAUUAUUGAAGAGAUUGGAUGCUGAUUUAAAGCAUGAGGUUUGCCAUUGGGCUGCAUAUUAUGAACAUAGAAUGCGCAUUGGACAGAAAGCUAUCUUUCACCUUGAAGCUUUUGUGGCCAAGUUCAUGAGUAUUUACAAGGCUUUCCUUAUUGCAACAUUCUGUUGAAGACCCACAUGCCUCAUUGUAGAUUUCAUUGUUAACCCCUUUUAUCUUUUUGACUUGCUUGGUGUUACGUUUUGGUGGCAAAAAUUUAGCUUUGCCGGAAGUCAUUGUAUUGAACUUUCUCGCACUUCUCAAGUUCUUGAAGUAUUUUCUGUGUGUCCAAAGUUGCAUUAUACUCGAGUAAAUUUUAUAGCACUUCACUUAUGAUAA